AUGUCGCCGCGAUGCGAACGAAUAUUGCAAACACAUGUUCACCACCGGUCACCGUUUUCCGCUGCUGUCGUUACACGACCUGAAGACGUGACGGCACCAUCACACGACGGAAGUGACGUUUUGAGACACCAGAGUGCGGCGUCUCUCUUCUUUGACUCUCAUUCUUUUCUCUUCAAAAUCAGACACUCAGACCUUUACAAGGGAGCGCCAGCUGGCACGCUCCCCAGCAGACACUUCCCAGGUGGAAUGGGGAAUGCCACAUUGCUUGAGAGACUCCUUCAGCGUGUCUUUGUAACGCAUCUUUGGACCUAUCCAUUAACCCCUAUGUUGUGCAACCUUUGCAUCUAUCUAUCUAUCUAUCUAUCUAUCUAUCUAUCUAUAUAUAAAAAGACAGAAAAAACCAUUAUGCACAAAUGCAGGAAAACAGAUUUUACAGACGGAACGUAUUUUAUCUAUCUAUCUAUCUAUCAUAGUUCCUAUCUAUCUAUCUAUCUAUCUUUCUAUCUAUUAUCCAUUACACCACCAGCUUACAGCACCUUUAAUAUCGUCUAA